AUGCCCGCCAAAUUGCUGAUUGCCAACCGCGGGGAGAUCGCCGUCCGCAUCCUACGCGCCGCCGCGGAACUCGGCAUGCGCACGGUGGCGGUGUUUUCGCAGGACGACGCCGAAUCGCUGCACCGGCGCUCGGCGGACGAGUCAUGCGCCCUGGCCAAGGCCGGAGCCGCCGCCUAUCUGGACAUCGACGCCAUCCUGCGGGCGGCCAAGGAUACCGGCUGCGACGCCAUCCAUCCCGGCUACGGCUUUCUGAGCGAGAACGCCGACUUCGCCCGCCGCUGCGCCGACGCCAAUCUCACCUUUGUCGGGCCGCGCCCCGAAGUGCUGGCGCUGUUCAGCGACAAAGCCGAAGCCCGCGCCCUGGCCGAGCGGCUCGGCGCCGCCGACUUCUUCAACGCCCUGCCAGCCACCGGCGCCAUGCUCAUCAAGGCCAUCGGCGGUGGCGGCGGGCGCGGCAUGCGCGUGGUGCAGCGCCGCGAGGAGUUGAAAGACGCCUACGCGCGCUGCCAAUCCGAGGCGCGGGCGGCGUUCGGCAAUGGCGAUGUGUACGUCGAGCAGUUCUUACCGCGCGCCCGGCACGUCGAGGUGCAGAUCGUCGGCGACGGCUCGGGAGCGGUCAGCCACCUGGGCGAGCGCGAUUGCAGCAUCCAGCGCCGCCACCAAAAACUCGUCGAAAUCGCCCCGGCGCCCGGCUUGCCCGACGGCCUGCGCCAGCGCCUCGCCACCGCGGCCACCACCCUGGCGUCGUCGGUGCGCUAUGACAACAUCGGCACCUUCGAGUUUCUGGUCGACGCCAGUACACUGAGCGCCGGGUCGCCGUUCGCCUUCAUCGAGGCGAAUCCGCGCUUGCAAGUGGAACACACGGUGACCGAGGAGGUGUACGGGGUCGAUCUGGUGGCCAUCCAACUUGAGCUGGCGGGCGGCCGCAGCCUCGCCGCCCUGGGUCUGCUGCAGGCCGACGUGCCGGCGCCGCGCGGCGUCGCCAUCCAGGCGCGCAUCAACAUGGAGACGAUGCAGGCGGACGGCGCCGCGCGGCCGUCCAGCGGCACCCUGAGCGCCUUUGUUCCCGCCUGCGGGCCGGGUAUUCGGGUCGAUACGUUCGGAUACGCCGGUUACACGCCCAGCGGGCGCUUCGACGCACUGCUGGCCAAGCUCAUCGCCUGCCACCCCUCGGGCCGCUUCGAAUACGCCGUCAGCCGCCUGCAACGCGCCUUGGCGGAGUUUUACGUCGCCGGGGUGGCGGUGAACAUCCCGUUUCUGCAACGGUUGGUGCAGCACCCGGCGUUUCGGAAUGCCGCCUUUCAUACCCGGUUCCUUGACGACCACUUGGCCGAACUCGUCGUGCCGGACGACCGUGCCUCGGUUGCUCCCGCGUCGUCAAGCACGCCGACCGAACCCGUCGCCGCGCGCGAGCAGCCUUCUCCCCCGCCAGUAGAGCCCCCUGAACCGAAACCCGCCGCACAGUCGCCGCGCCGGAUUGACAAGCCCCACGGCACUGUCCCCGUCGCGUCGCCCUUGCAAGGCACCAUCGUCAGCGUCGAGGUGCGCGAGGGCGCCACCGUACGGACCGGACAACUUCUGGUCGUGGUGGAAUCCAUGAAGAUGGAGCACGAGGUCCACGCCAACGUGGAAGGCGUCGUGCGCCGUGUCGUCGUGGACGAGGGGGGUGUCAUCAACGCGGGAGAGCCGCUGUUGUUCGUGGAAGCCGCGGCGUAG